AUGGAGUCAUUAAAAACACUUCUAAUUGCCAAUCGGGGAGAGAUUGCUGUGCGGAUCCUGAAGACUGCAAAGAAGCUUAACAUUCGAACUAUCGCAGUCUAUACCGAGCCAGAUGCUGCAUCGACGCAUGUUCAUUUAGCAGACGAAGCGGUUCUUCUUUCUGGGGCGCCGUCCAAGGCAUAUAUUGAUGGUCACCAAAUUAUUGAAAUUGCGAAGCGGAAGAAUGUAGACGCAAUCAUUCCAGGUUAUGGGUUCCUCUCGGAAAACUCGUCUUUUGCGAGGGACGUCGCCAGCGCCGGUCUAGCCUUCGUUGGACCAUCACCAGAGAGCAUCGAAGCAUUUGGGCUUAAACACACAGCGCGAGAACUUGCAACGAAAGCCGGUGUACCCAUAGUUCCUGGGUCGCAGGGGUUGGUUACAAGCGAAGAUGAAGCUGUCACUGUUGCGCAGAGUCUUGGGUUUCCCGUUAUGCUUAAAGCCACCGCUGGCGGUGGCGGAAUGGGCUUGCUCACAUGCAACACAGAGAAGGAAGUCCGAGAAUCGUUCCAGACCGUACAAUCCAGAGGUGAAGCUCUAUUUAAAAACGCUGGGCUCUUCAUCGAGCGUUACUAUCCGUCUAGCCAUCACAUUGAGGUCCAGGUCUUUGGAAAUGGACAGGGUAAAGCUAUCGCCAUCGGCGAGAGAGAGUGCUCCAUUCAGAGGAGACACCAAAAAGUGAUUGAAGAAUGUCCAAGUCCCUUUGUUGUUAGGAAUCCAGAUCUCAGGAAAGGCCUGUGCGACGCCGCGGUUCGCCUCGCUGAGUCAAUUGGCUAUGGGUCUGCGGGAACAAUUGAAUAUCUCGUGGAUGACGAGUCGGGUGGCUUUUUCUUCUUGGAGAUGAAUACCCGUCUUCAAGUUGAGCAUGGAAUCACAGAGCUUUGCUACGGGGUUGACUUGGUGGAGCUUAUGCUUCAGCAAGCGAAUGCUCAGUUGUCAGGCAAAAAGGGUCUUGAAGCAGAGUUCCUCUCAAGCAUUUCAAUAGGCGCUCCGAAUGGCUCCGCCAUUGAGGCUCGAGUGUAUGCGGAGAACCCAGUCAAGGACUUUGCUCCUUGUCCUGGAACCUUGCAGGAUGUAGAAUGGAAGGAAAUCGAGGGAUCUAGGAUCGAUACGUGGGUAUACAGGGGAAUCAAAGUGUCCGCGAAUUAUGAUCCUCUUAUUGCAAAGGUCAUGUAUCAUGCGCCGAGCAGACAGCAGACCAUUGAAGGACUGAAGGACAUAUUGACUGGGUCACGGAUUUGCGGCCCUCCCACUAACCUCGGGUUCCUGGCUGAAAUUCUCGCAAGCAAAGACUUCAACGCCGGAAACACCUUGACCAAGUUUUUGAACAACUUCGAAUACAGUCUGUCCGCCAUUGAUGUCGUGUCUGGUGGCGCUUACACGCUUAUCCAAGACUGGCCCGGCCGUCCAACAGUAGGAAAGGGCUUCUGUCAUUCUGGUCCAAUGGAUUCUGUUGCAUUCCGCAUUGCAAAUGCCCUGGUGGGCAAUCCUGUCGGUCUUGAGGGCUUGGAGAUUACGUUGAGCGGACCAGAACUACGCUUCCUCGGCCCAGCAGUCAUCUCACUCUGCGGUGCACCGAUUGACGCCAAACUGGACCACGCCCCCAUACCCAUGUGGUCAAGGAUAAAGGUAACAGCAGGUCAGCGCUUGAAGAUUGGAAAGACCACGGGCAACGGUUGCAGAGCUUAUCUAGCCGUAUUUGGCGGAUUUCUCAACGUCGCCGAAUGGUUCGGCUCAAAAGCUACUGCGCCUAUGGUUGGUGUUGGUGGCUACCAGGGUAGACAGCUUACAUCAGGAGAUUAUCUUGCUAUUUCAGGCCAGCUCCCUGAGUUGGAUAGCGAGCUAAGUCUGCCUGGGCACCUCAUCCCUCAGUACCCUGACAGCUGGGAGCUUAUGUCGAUGCCAGGACCGUACGAUGAAGGGUAUCUUACCCCCGAGAGCAUUGACAUGCUCUACAACGCAGAAUGGACUGUUUCACAUAACGCUGCGAGAGGUGGGAUCCGUCUUCUUGGCCCUAGGCCGGAAUGGGCCCGUCCGGAUGGAGGAGAGGGCGGCGCCCAUCCUUCCAAUCUUAUUGAGUGCGGAUACUCCAUCGGAUCCAUCAACUGGACAGGCGAUGACCCAGUGAUCUUCCCCCAAGAUGCGCCAGAUCUUGGUGGAUUUGUGAGCAGCCAUACUAUCGUCAAGGGAGACUUGUGGAAACUGGGGCAGGUCAAGGCUGGAGACAGUCUCAACUUCAGGGCUACCUCUCUGGAAGACGCACUCUCGGCGCGCAAUGAGCUGGAGAGAUUCAUCGCUGAUAUUGUGCAGUGCUGUCAGAAAAAGAAAGGGUUUGGUGCCAUAACCCCUCUGAGCUCCUCUUUGCCGCCAGCAUUGACAGCUUCAACACGGGGAUCCGGCGUUGUACAUCAGAUUCAACAGAAAGGCAACCAGCCGCUUGUUUCUUAUCGCCAGGCCGGAGAUGACUACCUGUUGAUUGACUAUGGCAUCGGCGCCUUUGAUCUAAACCACCGUUACAGAGUCACCGCACUCAAAAAGGUGCUUGGCGAAGCAACAGGCGAGAUCUCUUUCUCAACCGGUCUAACAAACAUGGUCGGCUGCGGGAACUCCCUAAUGCUUUACUACAACGGCACCAAAAUCCCCCAGCAAAACCUAAUCAAUUACCUCUGCGAAAUCGAAACUCAACUCGGCGACCUCAGCCGCGCAAAGAUGCCCAGCCGCCGCUUCAGACUCCCCCUAACCUUCCAGAGCAAGCGCCAGGAUGACGCGAUCAAACGCUACAUGGAGACGCAGCGCCCCUACGCCUCCUACCUCCCGGACAACAUCGACUUCGUCGCGCGCAACAACGCCUUCACCCGCGCCGAGUUCGAAAACAUCUACCUCACCGCCAGCUUCAUGGUCAUAUCUGUCGGCUUCUUCACGGCCCUGCCGCUCGCCCUCCCCGUCGACCCGCGGCAGCGCAUGAACUGCCCAAAGAUGAACCCCUCGCGCGUGUUUACACCAGCAGGCCAAGUCUCGUGGGGCGGCAGCUGCCUGGCAAUUUAUACAGUGGACUCACCGGGCGGGUACCAGAUGAACGGGAUGACGAUCCCCGGCGUGGACAUUCUCGGCUCGAAACGCGGGUACACGCCGCAGAAGCCGUGGCUGUUUGAGGACUUUGACCAGAUCACGUUCUACAAGGUCAGCGAGGAGGAGUAUGAGCGGCAGCUUGCGCUGUUCCAGAGCGGAAGGUACGAGUAUGAGUGGGAGGAGGUCGAGUUUGAUAUGGCGGAGCAUAAUCGGUUGCUUGCGGAGACUAAGGAGGAAGUUCAGAGUAUCCGGGCGAGGCAGCGGAAGGCGCAGGCUGAGAUGGAUUUGCUGGAGAAGGAGCUGCUUGAGCGGUGGUCCAGGGAGAAGGCUGAGCGCGGGGUUCCGCUGGAUACGGUCGAGGAGAUGCUGAAAGACCCUGGUGUCACCACGAUCGAGGCUCCGCUCAAUGCAAAUGUAUGGAAGGUUGAGGUGAAAGAAGGUGACAAGUUGGACAAGGACCAGAUUGUCGUGAUCCUCGAAGCAAUGAAGCUCGAGAUCGCAGUGCGCACGGAGUCUAUUGCUGUUAGCUCUGUUGUUGAAAAAAUCCUGGUUCAGCAAGGUGAUUCUAUCGAGGCGGGAAAGCCUUUGAUGCUUGUUAGGAGGGCCGAGGGUUAA